GACAAGACGCAAGCCUCACAAAAGUGUCAAAACGAAAGAACGAAUUGUCGUUUUUGAAGUAAACAGUAUGGAUAUUUGCCAAUUGAAUAUUUGAGAAAUUAUGAUUCAAAUCUACUAUAAACAGUGAAUUAUAUUCAUGCGUCUUAAAGAAGCUUAAAAAUGUGGCCUACGCUCCUAAAUUUAACACGCGACGACUGUCGAAGGACGCUUCGGAGACUUGAAUUGGAAGCAUAUUCGAAUAUGAUCGAUGUGUUUAGAGCACAAGGGGCAUUGGAGGACAACAGAAAAAAGAUAUUGGAGGAACUGCGCGCCGUUUUGCAUAUAAGCAAUGAUCGGCACAGCGCCGAGGCACGCCGAGUGGCCAAUGACGAGUUAUUAGCUACCAUUGCAGAACAGCUUGCUGGACCAAACACUGGACUGGGAUGGAUUUGCGAAGGCAGAAGGAGGAUACCUCUCAUGCCUCGGGGAAUACCGCAAACUAUGUACACAGAGAUUGCGGAUAAGGCUGCCGAGGCCUUCGUAGCAGAAAACAAGGAGAGGUUGGAAAAACUGUCUGAGAAGAAACAAGAGGAAACCAAUACUAAUGAUGAUGACAUGGAAAUUGAUGAGACGGUGGAAAGCCCACUUAAAGAAGAAAUUGUGUACCCACCUGUUGCUAUGGAGGAUCAAGCCAUUAAGAUCUGGGAGGAGGAACAGUUGAGUCGCAAGAGGAAGGUUCCAGAAACUGGAUCCAUCCCGGAUGACAGUCCUCCACCCGUGAAGAACGUCCGCAACAUCACACCCAACACCAGCCAGAAAUAUCUCAACCUAUCACAACUGUAUUCUAAGUUUUCACAGCCUGCCACAAAUAAACCAUCAGGUCAGUCGAAGCACUCAUACAACCAAGUGAGCAAAGUGUCAACAAGCAAAUCGAACUCGGGCCAGCCGCAGAAACGCGGACAAAACAAGCAACGCGCGCCGCGGCAGAAGCACCCUGGCAAGAUCGUCGUCUCCAAAGCACAAAUGAAGAAGGCAGCCAGAAAAGAGAUAGUAACUAGUAGUCCAAGCAAACAGUUCCCAGCGGCGCUAAAGAUGGAGCUGCAAGCAGCACCAAAUAGUUUCCAAGCGAGCUACGCGAAGUCGCUGAUAGGAGUGUGCAAGGACGAGCAGCCGGAGCUGAGCGCCGGCGCCGCCGCCCCCGCGCCCCCCGAGCUGUCCGCCCCCCCCGACCCCGCGCCGCACCUCGCCCCGCACCCCGCCCCGCCGCCGCCCAUCAAGCACGCCGCCUCCGGGAAACCCUGCCAACUCAUCAUCAAGAAACGAGGCGACCACAUACCGGCCGACAAAAAAAUACAAAUGACCGAUGUCAAAAUACUACAAAAACCGAACGAGAACAUCAAAGUGCUCUCGAACCGUCCUGUGGUGCUCACCAACUCGGCGCACAAACACAUUGGUACGCCGAGCAAGCUAGUGGCGACCAAGGUGAUCGGCCCCGUCGGCAAGCCUACGCACUCACCCGUCGCCGUCACCGACAAGAUGAUAGUGGUCUCCAAGCCUCCAGACCAGAGCAUAGCCAACUCUAAGAUAGUGAUGUCGUCGUCAGUGUCGACGCCGAGCUCGACCGUGAGCCGCAGCAGCGUGUCGCCGCGGGUCGGCGAGACCAUCACGGCCAAGGGCAUCCCCGCCACCGACAUCAAGGUGUCGGCGGCCAAAACCUUCCUAUUAAAUCCUAAGUCUGGCCAGAAAAUGGUGGUAGUGCCGGCGAGGGCGCGGACGAAACCGGGUCCAGACGGUCAACAGCUGCCGCUCAUACAGUUCAAGGGCAUGCCGACGGCGAUGCGGCUGCUGCCGGUGAGCGCGCCCGCCGCCCCCGCCCCCGCCCCCCCCGCCGCGCGGCCCAGCCCCGUCACCGUGGUGGCCGGCCGCGGCUCCGCGCACCCCACACCACCCAAGGUGGUCAGCGUGGAGCCCAUCAAGACCGCCAACAUGGCCGACAUCGUCCCUGUAAAAGGCCUCACUCCGCUCAGCACGCCGAAGACAUCCAAACCCAUCGUCCGACCUGCCAGCGCGAAAGGCAACGUCAUCGUAGUACAAAAAGGCGCAACUAUAGGCAAAGCAUUAUCAUUCACCAAGAAUGGCAACGAUAUGUCCAAGAUCAUCAUGGGCAAGAACGUGAACCAGCUGCUGCAGGCGAAGCAGGAGCAGGCGGACGCGAAGGGCGCCGGCAACGUGAUCGUGCUGGAGCUCAACAACGACCAGGCGGCCCGCACCACCACCAUGUCCGAGAUCCUCGACAGCCGCGCCACCAACCCGCCCCGACUCUCCGACACAGACAAAAAGGAAACUCCCAAAAUAACGGAAGACACGCCGGUGCUAUUCGACACGCAAAUCACAGAUGAAACGUGCAACGCGAGCAGUUUAGACUCGACGGCCGAAAGUAUAGGAGAUAUUGCCCCCGAAACGGCUAUACCUAGUAUUGUUAAGGAAGAUUCUAAAGCGAAUUUUAGUAAAGACCAAGAGGGAGCGAAGGACUCGUCGAGUGUCACGGACUGGGAAAUGGAGCUGGAAACUGUGACGAGGAAAGGCAAAGAUGACGAUAAACUGAACUCCCUGCAUUUAGACUUGGGCAUGUCCAGCGAUAGUGACUCAGACUACAUUGGGGAGAGUCAAAAAGCUAAAAGUAAACAUACAACAAGCAUGGCGGCGACGAUACCUCUAGGUGUAACAUCAAGUCAAGUGAUCUACGAGACGGCGAGCGGCCUCUCGCACGCGACGCGGACGCUGCUCAGCCAACUGCAGGACGAGGGCUCCUCCAGCAACGACUCCUCCUUCGCACUCAAGUCCAAAGAGAAGGCUAAAGACGACACCAAAUGUGACCACUCGCUAGAAUCGGAAGCUCUCAACAAAGCCAAGGAAAAACUCACGGAGAAAGUGGCGAAAUCUCAGUUGAAAAGGAUAGAUAUAUACAGUACAGCGAUAAGCUCGUCGGAUAUUAAUUUGGAUGCGUUUUCGUAUUUGGAUGAAGGUAUGAUGGCUGGGGACGAGGAGCCGCGGCGCGCCGGGCCCUCAUUGGACGAGCAGCUCAGUCGGCUAUUGGCUGAUGACUCGCAGGCGUCCACAGACUCACAGACUGUAAGUGACAGCUCCCCGACCACUAAACCAUGAGCAAUAAGUGCUAUAGUGUAAGUUUCAAAAUGGCGCCCAACGCGCGGACAUUCGCGUGUCACUGUGUGUGUAAUUUAUUAUUUGGUUGGUAAUUACCUAAAUCAUUUUCUCCAAGCACGACAGGUUUAUUUCAUGAAAUACUACGUUGACAAUUUGUAGCAAUACAGUUUUUGACGACCAUCAUCUCAUUUAGGGAUAAAGGGAAUCUACGUUACAGUAGAUGUUUAUUCAAUAAUAAUAAGUCGUACCUAUUAAUAUGUAGGUAGUGUUAUUUCAUUUGUUUAGCUGUUAAAUAAGGUUACAACCUUUAAAAUACCGUUUCAAACUUCUGUUAUGUAUGGUAAUGUAACCAUUUCUUUUAUCAGAAACCAUAAACAUUCUCCUACCGUUUCUAAUUCUUAAAACAGUUUCCACAAAUAAUCAAAAUUAUUGAUGUGUAUAGGUAAAUCUGUCUUAUUAGAAUGGUUAACAAGGUUGAGUAUGUCCUAUUAGUAACAUUAAUGUUCAACUAUUAUUUAAAAGACAAGUACACAACAAUACAUAAUGUAUUAUAUUCCUUAUAAUCAUAACAUUUGAUAUGUACAGAAAUAGGCACCCAGUAGUUUAACCUCAGUCAGUAACUAAGUAUAAGGUCAUAUUUUUGUAUCGCACAAACUUAUACUAUUUUUAAGUUUCAUAUAUUAUUUACGGUUCAGUGGUGGUAAAUGAAUUGAGUUACAGUAUGUUUGGUGUUGUUACAAAUGUUAGGAACUUUUCUGUUAUAUUAUUUCUGGUAGCAUUUUAUUUGUACAUGCAAUUGCCCAUAAUAUAUUUAUAAUAACUAUAAAUAACAUAUCCAUGUUUCUCGUUAAUAACUUCUGUUAUAUUUUGUAAUAUAAUAAUUACUUCUUUCUGUUCUAAUGUUAGUAUGUAUUUACAUAUUUAAACAACUUCUUUUAGUGAAUAAUGCAUUAAAUAAAGACUGAUUCAAAAUAUUUUUGGAACUAGAUCCGUGCACAGUAUUGGUUAUCAUUCGUAAUAUCGCGCUUAUCUUGACCAUCUUUUAAACAUUAAAAAGCAGCAAUAUAUUAAAACAACAAAAAAUAAAAAGAUGUAUAAUCGAAGCAAUAUGGCUAAUCUUCUAAAUUGGAAAUGCAAGUGUUUAUCAGAUGUGAUUUAUAGUACGUUACUUUAGGUGUUUGUUUAGUUAUAAUGUACCUUUUUGUUUGUGUCGAAGUAAGGUAGUUUGUAGUAGUGCAAUGAGUGUCUUAUUUUGUGUUCCAAAUAGGGCAGAGGGUACAAUACGCUAGCUUGCUCUCUCAGUAAGAUUGUAAUGCUCAAUGUACGCCCUAGAAAGAGACGGAUGCAACAUCUCUUAGCUAUAAUAAGCGCGUUCCUCCAACGGGUCGGUUGUAGUGAAAUGUUAUGUGAAUGAGUAGGUAGUUAAGGCAAAGUUGAUGCAACUUUAGUUGCGUGACAUUCUGACGAGGCGUAAUUUGGUACAUAUUUCUUGCAUCGAGGUGCACUCUAAAGAAAUAGUGCCAUUUGUAGUUGUAAUGUUGGUAUGACAAAUUUGUAAAUAUAUUUUUAUUGUAAUAUCAUUGACGAAUGUCGACUUAUAGAAUGUAUUAGUGUAUUUUGUAUCAUAAUAAUAAAAUUGUACGAAACUCAUGUUUUAAGUAACCUGGUUAAGAUUAGGAUGUAUAGAAGUAAGUAAAAUUGGUAAGCGAUGCAAGUCAAUAUGUUUAAGAUUGUUGCCACGACGUGGAUAAUGUGUUCUUGAAAUUAUUUUUAAGCAAGAAACCUCAAAGGUAUAAAUAUUUUGAAUAAUUCGUAUUUUGUAAUAUAAAUUUUGUAUAGGCAAUGUUAACGAUUGACCUGCAUCAAUUUUUUUUCGAUAACAAAAAGCGUAAAGUAGAUACGUCCUUUCGUUUGUCAGCUGUAAAUAUUUUGCGUAGAUUUGUCCUUAGAAAAUCACUGGAAACAUGUUAAUACAAUUUCUGUGUUUUUGCAUCAAGUUUAUUUUAUCUACUUAUUUUAACAAUAAAAGUUUCAUCAUAA